CGGGGGCGGGUUGUGGGAACUCUGGAACGCCCAGCAUCUUGAAGCAGAGUCAGGGGAGGAAAACACCCACAGGACUUCCUUCCAAAAUCGUCGGUAUCCCUAAGCAGGGGGUCCACGGAGGAGGCGGGGGACACGACCCACUGGACUCGCAGCAGCCCAGAGAAAAGUGACCACCAGAACCUCAAAGUGGGGAGACCUCUGGGAUUCUCGGGACCCCUGCCAUCCCAGAGAGGGAGGAUACCCUAUACAAAGAGGAACCCCAGCAGCCUGGACAAGGGGGGUCAUUUGGGGAAUAAACACCAAAAUGGAGAGACCAGAGAAGGAAACUCCUGGGAGAUUUUUCUUUGGCAGAAUCUUGAUCUUUUGAUGUUUUGGGGGGUGAAUUGGGGGGCGGGGGGGGUAUUUUAUUGGGUUUUGGGCUAAACCUUGGCCGUUUGCUUUUGGCCUCCAGUUUUUGGGGCUGAAUUUCCUAUUCUGGAGGGACUUUUGGGUGAAUCUUGGGGUUUGGGGGGCAUCUUGUAUUAGUGCUGUGGAGGCUUUUAUAGAGACAAGAUGCCCAGUAAUUUCUAGAGAUGGACUUGGGCAGGAGGAUUCUCCAAUCCAGCACACAUCUUGUUUUUUCCACCAAAACUAGGAUUUCUCAUUCCCAAACUUUGGUCAGAUGGAGGAGGAGACCGCAAGGAAGAGGAAGAUGCGCUGGGACACUCAGGCAGGGAAUGAGCUGCACACAGAGACCAGGGAAGACAAAUCCCCACAUCAGAACCUCAUGGAAGAGGCUGUUUUAAGCAGCUCCAAGGCACAGGAACUCAACAAAGAGGAAAAGCCCUGGAGAUCCCCCAUCAGGCACAGCUGCAAACCCAGCCCAGGGAGCUGUGAAGAGGAAAGACCCACCCUGUGCCAGGAAGACAGCCAGAGCUUCAGCCAGAGCUCUGACCUGGUCAUCCAUGAGCAGCUUCAAGACAGGGAGAAGCCCUACAAAUGCUUGGAAUGUGGGAAAAGCUUCAGCUGGAGCUCCCACCUGAUCCGCCACCAGAAGAUCCACACUGGGGAACGGCCCUACACAUGUGGGGAAUGUGGGAAGAGCUUCAGCCAGAGCUCCGAUCUGGUCGUCCACCAGCGCCUUCACACAGGGGAACGCCCCUACAAGUGCUUGGAAUGUGGAAAGACCUUCAGCAAGAGGUCCAGCCUCACAUAUCACCAGCGCUUCCACACUGGGGAACGGCCGCACAUUUGCUUGGAAUGUGGGAAGGGCUUUAUCCAGAGCUCCCACCUCAUCUGCCACCGCCGGCUGCACACAGGGGAACAGCCCUACAAGUGCUUGGAAUGUGGGAAGAGCUUCAACCGCAGCUUCAGCCUUGUCAUCCACCAGCGUGUCCACACUGGGGAACGGCCCUAUGAGUGUCCCGAGUGUGGGAAGAGGUUCCAGACCAGCUCUGAGCUCCUCGUACAUCAGCGGAUGCACGUGGAGGAGAAGCCUUUCCACUGCACUGAUUGUGGGAAGGGCUUCAUCCGGAGCCCUGACCUAGUCAAGCAUUGGCGUGUCCACACUGGGGAGAGGCCCUACAGGUGCUUUGAAUGUGGGAAGAGCUUCACCCAGAGUUCUGCCUUGACCUCACACCAACGGACCCACUGCUCAGAGCUAGAGGAGAAGCCUCACACUGGGGAGAAGCCCCACAAGUGCUUGGAAUGUGGGAAGAGCUUCAGCCGGAGCUUCCACCUCCUCCGGCACCAGAUGAUCCACACAGGGGAACGUCCCUUUGAGUGUGGGGAGUGUGGGAAGAGCUUCAGCAGGAGUUCCUGUCUGAUCCGCCAUCAGGUAAUUCACACAGGGGAACGGCCCUACAACUGCAAGGAAUGUGGGAAAAGCUUCAGUGACCGCUCCAACCUCCUCACCCACCAGCGCCUGCACUCCAGGGAAUGGCCCUACCACUGUGAGGAGUGUGGAAAGAGCUUCAGCAUCAUCUCUGACCUGAUCCAGCACCAGAAGAUCCACAGCGGAGAACGGCCCUAUGAGUGCCUCGAGUGUGCAAAGAGGUUUCGGACCAGCUCCCAUCUCCUCCUGCAUCAGCGGAUUCACAGGGAGGAGAGGCCCUUCCGCUGCCGCGACUGCGGGAAGGGCUUCAAACGCAACUCCCACCUCGUCAGCCAUCAGCGAGUCCACACCAGGGAGAAGCCCUACAAAUGCUUGGAGUGUGGGAAGAGCUUCUCCUGCAGCUCUAACUUCAUUUCACACCAACAGACCCAUGAGUAGGAGAAGCCCUACAAGUGCCCUGACUUCAGGAAGAGUUUUGUUUCCUGCUCCAACUUCAUCGCCCACUAGAGGACCCGUGUUGCAUUAUCUGCAGUGACCCAUAUUGUGCAAAAACAUGGUGAUCCACAUUGCUGGUGAUCCACGUUGGGUGAAGACCCGGUGACCUAUGUUCCUCACGAUCCGCAUUGGCAAGACACCUGGCUGGUGGUAUUCACCUCCUCCUGGUUCCUGGAGGCACUUGGAUAAAGGCAGGGGAAAGAACAUCUACCAGAAGGCAGACUGACGUUGGAAAUUGAAGUACUGAGGCCUGAACAACAGGCCCUGCACCAAAGUUGAUCUCUAGAUGAACCUUCCAACCAAACAUUAUAUGAUAGUUGUAUCUGCUGAUUAGUGAACUAUCAAUGAUCAUGAGUGAAAUAUGUAAUGUGAUACAAAUUUAUUUCUUUUCAGUGUUUAAGGGACGGCCAAGGCAAUGAAAUCAGAUAUCUGGCCUUGUUUGGAGGUACAUUGUCAAAGCCAGCUCCCUUAGUUCCUUCUUGAGCCCUGACCAGGCUUUGGGUAGAACGCAAAUGUUGUGGGUUCAUGCUGGCUGGAUGCCACACACCUGCAAAAGCCACUUACUCACUCCCCUCCACAGCUGGGCAGGGGAGAGAAAAUACGUCAAAAAGGGUUCAUGGGUUGAGAUAAGGACUGGGAGAGACAUCCCUCACCAAACACCAUCACAGGCUAAAGAGGCUCAGCUUUGAGCUAUGAAAUGAACUAACAAAAUCAGAGCAGGAUAGUAAAUAAAAUGAGCCCUUAAAACCACCUCCCCUCAACCCUCCCUCCUUCCCAGCGCUAUCUCAGCAGCAUAAGGAGACAGGGAAUGGAAUUAUGGUCAGGUCAUCAUCUGUGGUUUCUCCCACUGCUCAGGAAGAGGAAUUGUUCCUCUGCUGCUCUGUGGGGUCCCUACCACAGGAAACAGUUCUCCACAAACUUCUCCACAGUGAGUCCAUCCCAUGGGCAGCAGCUGUCUGCAGAGCGCUGCAACAUGAGUCCAUCCCAGGGGCGACAGUCCUCCCCAAACUGCUGCAAUGUGAGUCACCUUUCCACAGCUUCAGUCCUUCAAGAUCUUUAUUAAUCACUCUAGGCAAUCUUUUGUAGUAAUGAUUUGGUGCAUUACUUAUCCUUUUUUAAUUCUUUGCUCUUUUGAACUAUAGAAAAUUACAGUAUUCUUAUUUCUUAAAGUAGAGUCUUUUGUGCUGACCCCAUCAACUGGUAGAACAGAAAUUCAUUAGCAAGAGUGCCUUUGUUAGUGUGCAUGCUCAGAGUUUUGUUUCUUUGGAGUGUGUGGCUUCUGGGGUCGGUGGCCAUGAGUCAGUGGUCCUUGUCUGCCCCUGCCAGAAUUCCCUUUGACCCAGUCAGAGCUGAUAUCACACAGUUGCUGGGUUGCCUUUCCUUGUGGCCCACAAAUCCUGCAUGCUUUGUGUUCUUUCUCAGCAAUCCAUUCUCCUCCCCAAGCUUUGGUAACCUUCCCCAGGCCUGAGAUAGCACCUGGACAAUUGUCCCACCCUGAUCUUAUGUACAGUCUGAGUGCCAGGUGUCCACUGAGGAAUAUCGCAAUAUCAGAGGAGGGGGAGGGCAGCAGGGGAGGGAGGAUUCAGUGGUCAUUGGUGGUGGCAGCUGCCAGUGUGCCCACAACUUGGGGUGAGCUUUGUUUGACCGGUGAUGUGCAUAUGAGCAGUUGCUUCUUUACACACUUUGCCACAGUGGGAAUUUUUGUGGGCAUGCAUUUCCCAGCAUGUGCCACCCAGAUCUCACCUCUGCCAGGCCUGGAGUCAGCACCUUUGCGUUACUCCCUUCUGUGCUUAUCUGAUGGCAAAGUCCUUCUGUGGCCUUGACAAUGUCUGAGAUGCGCAACUCUGCUCCUGGAGUUCUUACACAGUCUGAUCCGUUACUCACCCACGAGUGACCUCACACCUGCCCUGAGUUGUGGAGGAGCUUCAGUGACAGCUCCAACCUCAGCUCCCACCCGAGGAUUCAUCAUGGCAAGAGACUGAUCUCCUGUGGGAAGAGCUUUGGCCAGAGCAUGGAUUUGAUCUCCCACUGCAGGACCCACGUGGGGGAGAAGUCCUGGCCAAGCUUUGCCCAGCCGCCUCAUUCAAAAAAGGCAUUUUUAAAGUGGAAUUAAACCAUUCUGGGUUUGUAUCAAGACAUUUUUGGGGUUGGGACUGCCUUUUGAGAUAAUUGGUCAAUACUGCUUGGCUUUUGCUGUGCAAUGAUGGAGAAGACUCCCCGACAUCCCCACGGAAUACCAAAAUCCUCCGGAAUUACCCCCUGAACUCCAGAUUCUCCCCCAAAUAGCAGUAAAAUGGGAAUGUUUCACAUGUGUUUUUUCAACUUUUUUCAACUUCUACCCCAUGUGAGAGUUGGGGUCCGAGGGUCCCUGGUUUUACCUCACAACCCUUCGUCAAGGCCCCCCGUCAAGGAAGGGACUGUGUGCAAGGGUCUCGGGCCUAAGCCACGGUGCAUGUUUGCCAAGCACUGAACUGCAGGUGUGUCCACUGGACUGGCGCUGGCUCCCAUGGGAACUUGCUCAAAGACAGUGGACAGCUGGACAGCCUGUGCUCACCAGCAACCAGGCCCAGACCUGCCUGGCCCAAACCUGCCUGCUCUGAGCAGCUGCACCAGGUUCCCAGAGCAAUGGACCUCACCACAGUGACUCUCAGGUGCUCCCCCCAUGUUGGCCGGGUGCCCCCCGCUUCUGAAAUGACUAUAAAAGGUACUCUACUGUGACUCACACUUUGAGAUCUCCACAGGGGGAAGACGACGGUUCCAUUGACCAGACGCCACGCCACGAGGACGUCGCUCUGCCGUAUGUAGCUAUAUCCCCCUGCCCCCCCUUUUCUCGCUCUGUAUCCUAUUUUUCAUUUCUUAUUCCCUCUGUUGCAAGUGUUGUUGGCAGUCAAUAAAGGUGCAUUUGUUGUGUGAUUGAA